CUCUAAUUUCAUUAUCGUGUGUCAAAACUCAAAAACUCUCUCUCAAACCAAAACCACCGCUUCUCACUUUCUCUCUCCUCCUCCUCCAUGGCCGGUAGAGGCAAAAACAUCGGCGCUGGUGCAACCGCCAAGAAAGCCGUAUCUCGCAGCAGCAAAGCCGGCCUUCAGUUUCCCGUAGGAAGAAUCGCGCGUUUUCUCAAGUCCGGCAAGUAUGCUGAGCGUGUCGGUGCUGGCGCUCCUGUCUAUCUCGCUGCCGUUCUUGAAUAUCUCGCCGCUGAGGUGUUGGAGCUGGCUGGAAACGCAGCAAGAGACAACAAGAAAACAAGAAUAGUACCGCGUCACAUUCAACUUGCAGUGAGAAAUGAUGAAGAGCUGAGCAGACUGCUCGGCGAUGUGACCAUUGCAGCUGGUGGUGUUAUGCCGAACAUCCACAACCUUCUCUUGCCUAACAAAACUGGCGCUAAGGCUGCUCGCGAAGAAGAGUGAAUGAUCUCCGACAGUUUUCUUUCUGAGAUCAUGUAGAAAUGAACAUACCAGCAAAUAGUUUUACGAAAAGGUCUUUUAUAUUCUUAGGAUGAAAUCUAGUUUCAAGUUUCAAUUUGUCUAGUUUCAGUGGUUUCUGUAGAUUUAGAAUCUGCUAGGAUGAUGUACUCUUUUGACAAAUUUCUGGAAUAGAGUAAAAAUUUUGACA